UAACGAAACCCCCUCGUUUGCGAGGCAGAGGAAUCGUUUUAUUUUUAUUUCGUGUCCGCGACUGUUGGGCUACACUGGCUCCAGUUAGCUAAUCGCUAGACAGUCAGUACAGUAAGCCGUAACAGUGCGAGCUAAAAUACCAGACAUCUUUCCAGUUCCAUUCUGUUUCCAAUGCAAUAUCGGAGAAUUUUCUGACAAAAAACAAAAACCCACGAACCUGAAUAGGCAUUUUGGCUUCGGUUUUAUGUCCGUUUACUCUACUGAAUGACUAUUGUAAGAAUGUUCUGUUAAAACGGGAAGGGAAACAUUGGAGGGAAACAUUGUUGCAAGAUGCUCUUCGGCUUGCAGCCGUGCUAACUACAGAUUACUCAACCUAACUUAAGAUACCGCGGUUAAGUGCUGAAGGUUUUACGGUACUCCGUGGUAGCUACUGAAAUAUGUUCGUGGAAAUAAAUUACCUUUCUCAGACCACUUGUUUUUGAAAACGUAGUUGUUUACAUCCAGCUGGUGGCACGCCUGUAUAACACCUGUAUAACGUCACAUCAUUUAACGGAACGAAUAAUGACAGAAGGAUUUGUUAGAUAUAAGUGUAGCGUAACUGCCUGUGAAGUCUGUCGGUGAAGCUUAUGUAAGCUGGACCUUUUCCCUGCUGGGUUUGCUGACAGCAUGGGUCUGGACUUUGACGUGAAGACAUUCUGCCACAACCUCCGGGCCACUAAGCCACCCUAUGAGUGUCCCGUGGAGACCUGUCGCAAAGUCUACAAGAGUUUUAGUGGCAUCGAGUACCACCUCUACCACUACGACCACGACAAUCCUCCUCCGACCCAAGGCACACCUCAGAAGAGGCGCAAGGGCCGGCCGCCGCGGGUCAGCCUGACUGGCUCGGCCGAUGGCACGGACUCUGGCACUGGUGCUGGGAUGCCAGGGCAAGGUGGAAUGCCCGGUAGCCCGGCCGAGCGCUCCGAACGCUCCCAUUCUCCUGGCAGGGAGACGAUGACCUAUGCCCAGGCCCAGCGCAUGGUUGAGCUGGAGAUCCAUGGCAAAGUGCACCGGAUCAGCAUUUUUGAGGACCUUGACGUCGUUUCUGAGGAGGAUAGCGAGGCUGAGGACACCUCCGCGUCCGGACCAGGGGGCUCCGCUGCAUGCAAUGGGGGUGAUGGGGGCGGCGGCGAGGGUGGGGGCAAUGGGAAAGACAGGCCCGACACUCCUGCGGCAGCCAACGGGGGGAAAUGUGCUGGGACCACGCCCAAGACAGGCAAGCACAAGAGUAAAGAGAAAAAGAAGGAGGGCUCGCAUCACCAUGGUAACCUGCCUGGUCCAGCUGUGAAGCUUCCUGAGGCGGUGUUCCGAGAGCUGGAUCAGGAGAGGCCGGACGCACCUCCACGGCCGUUGUCUUAUUACAGGUACAUAGAUAAGUCUGUGGAGGAGCUGGAUGAGGAGGUCGAGUAUGACAUCGAUGAGGAAGAUUAUAUCUGGCUGGACAUCAUGAAUGACAAGCGGCGUAGCGACGGUGUAACGCCGAUCCCCCAGGAGGUCUUUGAAUACUUGAUGGACCGCCUGGAGAAGGAGUCCUACUUCGAGAGUCACAACAAGGGCGACCCCAACUCGCUGAUCGACGAGGACGCCGUGUGCUGCAUCUGCAACGACGGCGAGUGCCAGAACAGCAACGUCAUCCUGUUCUGCGACAUGUGCAACCUGGCCGUGCACCAAGAGUGCUAUGGCGUGCCCUACAUCCCCGAGGGCCAGUGGCUUUGCCGCCGGUGCUUGCAGUCGCCCUCGCGUGCUGUCGACUGCGCGCUCUGCCCCAACAAGGGCGGGGCCUUCAAACAGACCGACGACGCGCGGUGGGCGCACGUUGUGUGCGCGCUGUGGAUACCCGAGGUGUGCUUUGCCAACACGGUCUUCCUGGAGCCCAUCGACAGCAUCGAGCACAUCCCUCCCGCCCGCUGGAAGCUCACGUGCUACAUCUGCAAGCAGCGCGGCUCUGGCGCGUGCAUCCAGUGCCACAAGGCCAACUGCUACACGGCGUUCCACGUCACGUGUGCCCAGCAGGCCGGCCUCUACAUGAAGAUGGAGCCCGUGCGCGAGACCGGCGCCAACGGCACGUCGUUCAGCGUGCGCAAGACCGCCUACUGCGACAUCCACACGCCGCCGGGCUCGGCCCGCCCGCUGGGGGGGGUGGGCGGGGCCAGCACCUCCCACAGCGAGGGCGAGCCAGAGGACGAGGAGGACGUGGGCGGGGUCGGCGAGGAGGAGGGGAAGGGCUGGAGCUCGGAGAGGGCAAAGCGGGCCAAGGCCAAGUCGCGGAGGAAGAUGAAGAGAGCGAGGAAGAUCCUGGCGGAGAGGAGAGCGGCCGCGCCGGUGGUGUCUGUGCCCUGCAUCCCACCACACAGGCUGAGUAAAAUCACGGCCAACCUGACGGUGCCCAGGAAGAGUCAGUUUAUGCAGAGGCUCCACGCCUACUGGACGCUGAAGAGACAGAGUCGCAACGGUGUCCCGCUCCUCCGCCGCCUGCAGACACACCUGCAGUCUCAGCGCCACCCUGAGCCCGGUCCUCCUGUAGCCACGAGGGAUGGUGAGGAGAAGCACGCCGCGUUAAAGGAGCAGCUGAAAGCCUGGCAGCGUCUGCGGCACGACCUGGAGAGAGCCCGACUGUUGGUGGAGCUCAUCCGCAAGAGAGAGAAGUUCAAGAGGGAAGCGAUUAAGGUGCAGCAGUUGGCCUUGGAGAUGCAGUUGACUCCGUUCCUGGUGUUGCUGAGAAGCACCCUGGAACAGCUGCAAGAGCGAGACACCAACAACUUCUUCACUGAGCCAGUUCCGCUCAACGAGGUCCCAGACUACCUGGACCACAUCGAGAGGCCGAUGGACUUCCAGACCAUGUGGACGAGCCUGGAGUCACAUCGCUACGCCAACUUUGAAACGUUCGAGGCCGACUUCCUCCUCAUCGUAAACAACUGCCUGAAGUACAAUGCCAAGGACACAGUGUUCUACCGGGCAGCGCUGCGCCUUCGGGAGGCGGGGGGCGGAGUCCUGAGACAGGCCCGCCGGCAAGCUGAGCGCAUUGGCUACGACUACGACACAGGCAUGCACCUGCCCCGAGAACCCAGCCCGGAGUCGCCGUGCGAGGGGGAGAGAGAGCGGGACCGUGAGCGGGACCGUGAGCGGGACCGGGAGAGGGAGCGAGAGAGAGAGCGGGAGAGGGAGCGAGAGAGAGAGCGGGAGAGGGAGCGAGACCGAGACCGAGACAGAGAGAGAGAACGAUCACCUUCCACCAAUGAGGAGGACCUCCUCCUGCCAGAGAACAGGCGGCGGCUGCCCCUGGAGGAGCAGCUGCGUCUCCUGCAGGCGCGCUUCGAUGAGGUCAGCUCAGGCAAGCACAGCAUCGGCCGCUCCCGCCGCGCCAAGGCCCUGCGCAAAGAGAUGACUGUCAUCAAGCGCAAACUGGCCCACCAGCGCGAGGGUGGGCCCACCGCCGGCAACCGCGAAUCAGGAGCAUCUGGCGAGAGAGGCCCCGCCCUAGGGCAUCACACCUCUGGGACCGCCCGGCACGACGAGGGUGGGGAAAGCAGCAGUCAGGAGAUCAGUGGGAAAGACAUCAGCGCGGUUGCCUCUACACUGGCCUCAGAAGUGGGCCGCCGAACCUCCGUCCUCUUCUCCAAAAAGAACCCGAAGGCUACCGGCCCUCCAAAGCGCCCGGGUCGUCCCCCGAAGAACCGCGAGGCGCUGCACAGCAUGGGAGCCAUGAGCUCCAGCUCUGUGGGCCCGCCACAGCUCCCCCUGCUGGGCCCCAUGCGACAGCGCAAGCGACCGCGCAGCCCGCACUCCACCUCUAGCUCGGACAGCGACAGUGACAACGAGCACCUGCCACUGGGUCUGCCUAGCAACGGCUUCGAUGGUGGCAGUCAGCCGGUGACGGAGAGCUUCCGUGUGUACAGGAACGAGCGCAGUCUACCACGCUCCAGCUCGGACUCCGAGUCUACGAGCAGCAGCAGCAGCAGCGCAGCCUCCGACAGGACCAGCACCACUCCCUCCAAGCAGGGCCGUGGGAAGCCCUCCUUCUCCCGCUCGGCAUUUCAGGAGGACAGCAGUGAGGAGACAUCCGGGACAGAGAACGACUCCUACUCAGUGGGCGGGAACAGAGGCGUUUCUCACUUGGUUCGGGGCAGGGGUAGGUCAGGCUGCUGGAUGAGCUCCACAGACUACACUACCCUGGAUGCGCUAGACCUGGUAUGGGCCAAAUGUAGAGGAUAUCCCUCUUACCCUGCCUUGAUAAUCGAUCCCAAAAUGCCACGGGAGGGCGUUUUCCACAGGGGUGUUCCGAUCCCCGUUCCCCCUCUCGAGGUGCUGAAGCUGGGUGAGCAGAUGACUCAGGAGGCACGGGAACACCUCUUCCUGGUGCUCUUCUUCGACAACAAGAGGACCUGGCAGUGGUUGCCCCGCUCUAAGCUGGUCCCCUUGGGUGUGGAUCAGGAACUUGAUAAGGAGAAGAUGCUGGAAGGCAGGAAGUCUAACAUCAGGAAAUCAGUCCAGGUGGCAUACCACCGUGCUAUGCAGCACCGCAACAAAGUUCAGGGAGAUCCCAGCAGCGAUACCAGCGACAGUGACUGAACACACACACACAAACACACACACCUAGCAGUUUACAUUGAUGGAAAUCACACAGAUGGACUUAAACAUCCAUGGAUGGACACACAAACACACAUACUUCCACAUGUCAAACCAGCUCUUUGGUGCUAAAGCUUCUUUGGGCUUGGUGUUUGGUGUGUGGCAGUGGUUGGGGGACAAAGAUCAGGGGUCAAGUGUAUAGUCUAUGUUGACAAGUCUUGUUUGUCUGUGUAUGUAAAUAUAAAAACUCAUAGAAUGUUGUUUUGUAGUGCUCUUCCACACAUUAAAAGGGCAAGUCCAUAUAUAGAUAGUGAACACACAAACACACACAAACUCAUACCUCACACUACAGCCAGCGUUUAAGAUGGUACAUGUGUCUAUACUGAGACUGUUUAUGGAAAUAUGAGUUAUUACAA